GGAGCAGUAUUGCAGCACUUGCAGUCUUCUCCCUCACUCUGACAAUGUUGCUGCCUGCAACUUAGAAUAUUUUUUUCUCCUCUUUUACCUUUAAGUCAUCGCUGCUGCCUUCCAACUUGCACUUGUGCCGCUGGAUUGAGCAAAGGGAGGGAAAGCAUUUUGGCUUAGAAACACAAAGGAAGAGGUUUAAAUCCAGCCUUCUGGGGACUGCUAUGGAUUUUCUUUUCCUGGGUGAGAGCAACAAAAGACUGCCUGAAAGACGAGAGCGCACCACCCAUGUGGGCUGAUGGCUGCUCUCCCCCAGCGUGCGCUAAGUUGGAAUGCAGAUGGGAGUGAAGUGCCUGCUUUGCCUUCUCUGCGGAAGCUGGGGAGCCAGUGUUCAGUUUUGCCCAUGCUGCUUCACCUUCAACCAGAAUUUCUUCAUUAAUGCCUGCGUUUAGAAACUCUUGCCCUGUUCUGCCUCGUGGCCAGCCAGUUUGACAGAUCUGUUGCUGGAUUUUAUUAAGGGAACAUAUCAAAGAUCUGUUCACCUUUUUAAAAUAAUAAUAAUAAUUAUCUGCUUUCCAAAUCUAGAGAUCUCGACUGACAUCGCUUUUAAAUUUUAUUUCAAGGGAGUGUACCAUUUGUUGGGUGUCAGUCUGGUAGAGUCAAUAGCACUUUGUUCCGUUUAAGUGGAGGAGUGCAGUAAAGCCCUACUCUCUUGUGGGAGACAGCCUGAGAGAGCGAGGCUGCUGUAAUGUGAUUCCAGUGCCAUCCAAGGCGGAGAGAGAGGAGUGCCUCUUGCAAUUUAGCUGAAUGCUUUGAUAGAUAAAUAGCAGACAUGCUUUGCGGGCUGAAAAAGGAUUUGCAGUCAGACUUCGAUGAUGGCCCUUACUCGAAAGGGAGCAAAGACUCAGGUGGACUGGACACAGCCCUGGUUUCAAGAAGGCAAAGUAUACCAGAAGAAUUCAGAGGAGUCACUAUUGUGGAACUGAUUAAAAAAGAAGGAAGCACCCUUGGCUUAACUAUAUCUGGUGGUACAGAUAAAGAUGGUAAACCAAGAGUUUCUAACCUGAGACCAGGAGGGCUGGCAGCAAGGAGCGACCAGCUAAACGUUGGUGACUACAUCAAGUCAGUGAAUGGGAUUAACCUGACGAAACUUCGCCAUGACGAAAUCAUAAGCCUGUUGAAGAACGUGGGGGAAAGGGUGGUGCUAGAGGUAGAAUACGAGCUGCCACCAGCGGCCCCGGAUAAUAGUGCAGGCAUCAUUCCAAAGACCAUUGAAGUCACCCUGUACAAAGAAGGCAACAGUUUUGGAUUUGUACUACGAGGAGGAGCCCACGAAGAUUGGCACAAAUCCAGGCCAUUAGUACUGACAUAUGUUAGGCCAGGUGGUCCAGCAGACAGGGAAGGGUCUCUGAAAAUUGGGGACAGGCUGCUGAGUGUUGACGGGAUUCCCCUUCACAGUGUGAGUCACGCUGAUGCAUUGAACAUCCUUCGCCAGUGCAACCAAGAGGCACUUUUCCAGAUUGAGUAUGAUGUCACCAUAAUGGAUACAGUAGCCAAUGCUUCGGGUCCUUUGCUAGUGGAAAUUGCAAAGACUCCCGGCUCUGCACUAGGAAUCACACUAGCAACAAACACCCAUCGGAAUAAGCAGGUCAUAGUCAUUGACAAGAUCAAGCCAGCCAGUGUGGUAGACAGGUGUGGGGCCUUGCAUGUUGGCGAUCACAUCCUUUCCAUCGAUGGCACCAGCACUGAACAUUGCUCCUUGCUGGAGGCUACCCAACUGCUAGCUGCAACGUCAGAAAACGUCAAGUUGGAGAUACUACCUGCACACCAGAGUAGACUCCCCCUCAAGCCUCCAGACACGGUCAAAGUGCAGAAGAGCGACCACCACCAUUGCUGGGAUCCCUGCGUCAGCUAUUGCCACACUCACCAUCCAGGGCAUUGCAAGACACCCACCUGGAACCAGACAUCCAGCCAGGAUUACUGCAAAUCUCUUGUAGCUGCCAGCUUUGCAUCACCCACGAUGAACACGUCGGCGUUUGCCUGCCAGAAUUCUAAUACUCUACCUCGAAGCAACCAUCCCAUGAGCCCACGGGCCACCAUGUUGAGGAGAAGACAAAGAAAGAAGGAGCACAAAAGCUCAUUGUCAUUGGCCUCUAGCACUGUGGGACCAGGAGGGCAGAUUGUUCAUACGGAAACAACAGAGGUGAUUCUAAGAGGAGACCCCUUGAAUGGCUUUGGACUGCAGCUGCAGGGAGGGAUCUUUGCUACUGAAACUCUCUCUUCUCCACCUCUCAUCCGAUUUAUUGAGCCUGACAGCCCAGCAGAGAGGUGUGGCCUCCUGCAAGUUGGAGAUAGGGUGCUUUCCAUCAACAGCAUUGCAACAGAAGAUGGGACAAUGGAAGAAGCCAACCAGCUCUUGCGGGAUGCAGCACUUACUAACAAGGUUGUGCUGGAGAUUGAAUUUGAUGUAGCAGAAUCGGUCAUUCCCAGCAGUGGUACCUUUCACGUGAAGCUACCCAAGAAAAGAGGUGUGGAGCUUGGGAUUACUAUCAGCUCAAGCAGAAAGUCUGGGGAGCCUUUAAUUAUCUCUGAUAUCAAGAAGGGAAGUGUAGCACACAGGACUGGCACCUUAGAGCCCGGAGACAAGCUGUUAGCCAUAGAUAAUAUCCGACUCGACAAUUGCUCAAUGGAGGAUGCGGUGCAGAUCUUAAAGCAGUGUGAAGAACUUGUCAAAUUGAAGAUCAGGAAGGAUGAGGAUAAUUCUGAUGAGCAAGAAACAACUGGUGCUAUCAUCUACACAGUGGAGCUAAAGAGAUAUGGUGGACCCCUGGGAAUCACUAUUUCAGGGACCGAGGAGCCUUUUGACCCAAUUGUCAUUUCAGGACUGACAAAACGAGGGCUGGCGGAAAGCUGUAAUGAAUGGAGAACGCAGAACUUCACUAUAUACAGAAUGGCUCAGAACCUGGAGCACAGAUCAAAGUGUAAAAAGCAUAGUGCAAUUCAGAAACGGAUCAGAAUGUUUAAAAACAAAAUAGAUACAAGGACUGGAGCGAUCCAUGUAGGAGACCGGAUAUUAGCUAUUAAUAAUGUAAGCCUUAAGGGGAAGCCUCUGAGUGAAGCCAUUCAUCUACUCCAGAUGGCUGGAGAAACUGUAACUCUGAAGAUCAAGAAGCAAACCGAAAGGACUUACCCGAAACAGUCUGGGAGUAUAAAUGAAGUGAGCGACCCAGAAGAUGACCUGACUGAUUCCCAGAAAACUAGCAAACUCUCUGAGAUUUAUUCCACCACAAUCCCCAGUGUGGACAGUGCAAUGGAAUCCUGGGACGGUUCUGGCAUUGAUGCUGGUUAUGGAAGUCAGGUAGGUACAUACUUGCCGCAAGCUGUUGGCAUUGCGCUUCACCCACAUGAAUGGAGAUCCAGCAGACAGAAGAACAGUACCCCUCCUGGUGAUCCCAGGAAGAGUUACCCCUUUAUGGAUGGCAGUUUCAGUGAAGAUGACUGGGAGAAGCCCAGCAGAUAUCCCAACCGCCAAAAUGGCCUUGAGACCGCACAUGAGGAUAAUUUUUGGCGUGUUUUUGGAGAAGCUUUGGAGGACUUGGAAACAUGCGGCCAGUCUGAGCUUUUGAGGGAGAUUGAGGCAUCCAUCAUGACAGGGAGUGUACACAAUCUAGACCUUGACGGGGGCAAGUUGCUUAUGAACUCUGUCAACCAAUCAGGACUGAGCCCACCAAGAAAAGGGAACACCAAGAGCUCAGGUGAAGGGAAGGGCAAUGCCAAUGUCACUCCCACCAAGAAAAAUGACAGGAAUUUGGAGAUUAAGAUGAUGAAGGAAGAGAUCCAAGAAAUCAUGUCUCCCACCCCUCUUGAGCUGCACAAGAUAACUAUUUAUAAGGAUCCAGAGACUGAAGACUUUGGAUUCAGUGUCUCAGAUGGCUUGCUGGAAAAAGGCGUCUAUGUGAAUAUGAUCCGCCCAGAUGGGCCAGCUGAUCAGUGUGGACUCAAGCCCUAUGACAGAGUCCUUCAGGUAAACCGCAUUCGAACCCGGGACUUUGACUGCUGCUUAGCUGUCCCUUUGAUAUCUGAAGCAGGAGACAAACUGGACCUGGUAAUCAGCCGGAAUCCCCUGGCCUUCACUGCCAAAGCCCAGCUCGAUGAGGAUUUGCCAGGCCGGCAGCCUCCUAGUGUGGAGGUCAAGGCAAACAGACAGACGCUCUGAAUGCUGGGUGGGCUUGGCGUCAACUGUUCUUGAGGUCCUGUGGGGGUGGGGGCAAAGGGGUUGAUGGGUGUCUGUAACACUUUUUUCAGUUUUACUUUUGCACUGGUAUUGUGAUUACUCUGUGUAAUGUAACUUGCCAUGAAGAAAUGGGUUUCCCUUUUGUCGCAUCUUGAAGCCAGUCAGCCUAGGCCUUGAAGGCCUGAGUUGAGACAGACCGAUGGAAAUGGUCCCUCUUUGGCUAACACGGUGGGUGGGAUGCGCUGCUGUUGCCACUGAAAGCAGGAAGCAGUGCCCAGCACAACUCACCUGGGAGAGAACAUCCUUUGCUCAUGGUAUGAGCUUCUCCAGCGAACGGGGUCACAGGGCACCAGACCAUCAUCUUUGCCCCUGUCUUCGAAGGGCUUGGGUACAUGGUGCUAUUUUCUUGUUGUUUGCUUUGUUAAAUCAUGUACAGUGAAACUUAAUAUUUAACACACACACACACCGCUUUGUUUCUGUGAAAGGCCACCCCUGCACUACCCCAUAGCUUUUCCUUAGCCCACAGCAAGAAGAGCCUUGUGUCCUUUUCCCAAUUCACAGCCACACUCUCCCAGAUCACUGUGGUGCUUGGGAUCAACCGAGAGCAGAGAUUCCCCUCCCAAGUUUUAUGAAGUCCUGAGCCAUUCGUCACAAAAGACUGGGCCCAGACAUGUGAUUUUUUU